UUUAAACACUGGUAAAGUCAAUAAUAACGAUGUGAGGCUUCGAGAGGAUUGAAGGGGAAACGGAAACGUUCAAAAUGUUCAACACCCUUCUAUAUGCACUACAAAUUCCACAGGAAAUCAUAUUUUUGAGCGUCAUACGCACGUUCAAUAGAAAAAUUAGAUACAACUCUAUUGAUGUUCCCACUGAGAUCACAGGCUAACACAUCUUGUGGUUCAGCUGUGUAACAUUAGCGAAGUACCACCUAAGAACUGAAUUAUGAAUCUCCACUCCACAUUGACGAAGGUUGCCUUAAAAUACGUCGCUCUCUCUGCCAAACCACCAACCACGCCCAUAACAUCCGCUAUUUUUUGUUGCUCAGAACAUCUGAAACGGGGUGUUAACACUACCCACCGUCGUGAGCCCCCAGAACAACAAUUCGAAGAGGAAGAAACUCGAAACUUUUAGAAUAGAUGAUUACUCACCGUCCCAGUCGCUCACGCGCGCGCACGAGCACACUCACGGCGAGAAUUAAGGUACCGCACCACUCGACACAAUUUUACUAGAGACCAUGCCAUGCAACGGAUUCGCUGUCUUGUCGAACAUCGUCUUAGGAUCGGAGAACAGGAUGGUGGUGCAGUGUAUGGAUAUUAGACUCCUGGACAGAAACAUGAAGAGCUGCGACUGAAGAAAAGUACCAGCCUUUAGCAACACAGGAAGUCGAGAGACAGAGAGAGCUCAACCACCACCAACCCACACCUCCCACCCCACCAUCCUACUCUCCGUUUCUGUUUCAUUUCCUCGACAAUCCGUAGCAUACUGAAUGCUUCUCACUUUGAGACGGGAAGCAGGGCCAUGCCACUGUGCUGAAGAGGGCACACAGGGACAAACCAAGCUGCUGACGAAGGCCUUGGGAGAAAGGGCCGGGAGUCUGACAAUCUCAGGCUCGUGCCGUCCUCUCUGAACACCUGAGAAAAAACCUUUUUACUGAUAAUGAGAGGGGCAAUCUGAUGAGCUGAUAUAUGCUGUCACAAGAUUGUUAUCUGUAACUGUACACUGACCUGUACACACACACACACACACACACACACACAAACUUUCCUCAGGCUCUUUCCCAAUUCCCAACAACAGAGGCCAUCAUGAUCCUGAAGAAGAAAGCGUACCUUGUUGUGUUGCUCUGUGGCAUCCUGUUCUUUAUGAUCCUCACACACACCAUCCAGAAGGGCGCUAUCCUGCCUGGCUACAUGGUGGCCUUCACGGGCACCACAGAGCGCAUGGCAGCAGCAACCAGCCGCACGCCCACGCCACCACCAACCACCACCAAAACAACCAUCACCACUACGCCUGGUCGAGCGCACACCUGCAGCUGCCCCACCUGCGUGGCAGACUCUGGGGUGUCCAAGUGGUUCGACCAGCACUUCGACCCCAAGCAGCAGCCUUACCUCAUCAAGGGAGAGAACCUGAUGGACUCUGACUCCCUGAAAUGGUGGAUGGGUCUACAGCGGGCAUCGUAUGACGUGACGCUGGAGCAGGUGAUCCAUAAGAUGUUCGAGGUGUUCUCAUCUCCGCCGGCGGACUGGGCGCCGCAGCGGGACCGCUGCCGCAGCUGUGCCGUGGUGGGCAACUCGGGGAACCUUCUUGGCUCCCACUAUGGAACCACCAUCAAUGCCAACACUGUGGUGAUACGAAUGAACAAAGCCAUCACACAUGGGUAUGAGGAGGACGUGGGGAACAAGACCACGCACCACAUCAUGUACCCGGAGAGUGCUGUGGACUUGUCUCCCGGUGUGCACCUUGUGCUUCUGCCGUUCAAGCAGCUUGACCUGCAGUGGUUGACCAGUGCCAUGUCCACCGGGGAGAUCACCAAACUGGGAUGGCGUAGGCUCAGAUUGGAGCUGGUGACUUUAACCCACAGUCUUCAGAACCACCAGUCACCAAGCAUAGCUGCUCCUAAUGCCUACUACAGACAAGGACACAAGUUACUCUCCUUCUUAAAGUGAAAGGCACCUAGACUUACACACCACUAAUAUAAUGUAAUCAUGACAUUAAAGGUAGGUGUUAAAAAAGUAAAAAGAUUGACAGUGGGUUAUGAAAGUUAAUAACAAUUAAGUUACUCAAACUUGUUUAAUUUUCUUUCUCUCCAGACAUUUCCCAUUAUAGAGCAGCUGGUUCUGUGCAACCAAAGGUAUUCCGCAAGAUACAGCAUGGAAAUAGGAAGAGGCCACUAA